AUUAGUCGGAGCAAAAAGCGAAAAACCGACCGCAGUUGCCGUUUGUUGAAACGGAGGGCAUUUUUCGGAGGGUUGAAGGAUACCUGGGGAGGUGUCCACUGUUAGUUUCGGAACACAGCCAUGGUAUCCUUGCCUCCCAGUCUGCAGAAGCAGGUGAGCGUGAUGAGCAUGAACCUGAGCGCGAAGCUGGACGACCUGCAGCGGGGCGACCGUCACCUCGAGACGACGGUGGCGCUAUGCGAGAUCCGCACCCAGCUGCAGGAGCUGACCAAAUCGGUGGAGUCGUGCCAGUCGGAGGUGUCGGAGGUCAAGCGGGACAUGGUGGCGAUAAAACAGGAGCUGGACACCGUGCAGGCGGUCAAGGAGGAGAUCGAGGAGCUCAGGGAGUACGUCGACCGGCUCGAGGAGCACACGCAUCGCAGGAAGCUGCGGCUGCUGGAGCAGGGGUUGACGUUCUUCCUGUCGUACGCGAUCUUCGCGGCGGUGCUGGGCAUGUUGCAGUUCGGCUACAACACGGGCGUGAUAAACGCGCCGCAAGCGAACAUUGAGUACUUCAUGAAGGACGUGUACAAGUCGCGGUACCAGGAGGAUCUGCCCGACGAGUCCGUCGAACGUCUGUACUCGAUCGCUGUGUCGAUCUUCGCCAUCGGCGGCAUGAUCGGCGGCUUUGGGGGCGGCAUUGUAGCCAACAAAUUCGGAAGGAAGGGCGGGCUCCUGCUCAACAACGUCCUGGGAAUUAGCGGGGGCUGUUUAAUGUGGUGCACGAAAAUCGCCAACUCCUACGAAAUGUUGUUCUUCGGCAGAUUUAUUAUCGGGGUCAAUUGCGGGCUUAACACGUCGCUGGUGCCCAUGUAUAUAUCGGAAAUAUCGCCGCUAAAUCUGCGAGGAGGAUUGGGUACGGUGAACCAGUUGGCUGUGACCGUGGGACUGUUGCUGUCGCAGGUCCUGGGCAUCGAACAGAUCCUGGGAACGAACGACGGAUGGCCGUUGCUACUCGGCCUCGCCGUCGUACCAGCACUCCUGCAACUCGUCCUGCUACCCAUCUGUCCCGAGAGUCCCCGCUAUCUCCUCAUCACUAAACAGUGGGAGGAAGAAGCCAGGAAGGCGUUGAGAAGACUGAGAGCGAGUAACCAAGUGGAGGAGGACAUCGAGGAGAUGCGUCAGGAGGAACGAGCCCAACAGGCGGAAGCGUCGAUAAGCAUGAUGGAACUGAUAUGUUCGCCGACGCUCAGGACGCCUCUCAUCAUCGGCGUCGUCAUGCAGCUGUCGCAACAGCUCUCCGGUAUCAAUGCCGUGUUCUAUUACUCGACCAACUUGUUCGAGAGUUCCGGAUUGACGCAGGAGAGCGCCAAGUUCGCGACGAUCGGCAUCGGAUGCAUAAUGGUGAUCAUGACGCUGAUCUCCAUACCGCUGAUGGACCGGAUGGGCAGGCGGACGCUGCACCUGUACGGCCUGGGCGGCAUGUUCAUCUUCUCCAUUUUCAUCACCAUCUCGUUUCUCAUAAAGGAAUUUUUUGGGUACGUGCAGGAAAUGAUAGACUGGAUGUCGUACCUGUCGGUGGUGUCGACGCUCUUCUUCGUCAAGUUCUUCGCCGUGGGGCCCGGCUCCAUACCGUGGAUGAUCACUGCCGAGCUGUUCUCGCAAGGACCCCGGCCCGCCGCCAUGUCCAUUGCCGUCCUGGUCAACUGGAUCGCCAAUUUCGUGGUGGGGAUCGGGUUUCCCAGCAUGAAGAACGCUCUCGAUAAUUAUACCUUCCUGCCAUUUAGCGUGUUCCUAGCCAUAUUCUGGAUAUUCACAUACAAGAAGGUUCCCGAAACGAAAAACAAAACCUUCGAAGAAAUCGUUGCCUUGUUCAGACCAGAAAAUGGAAGGGCUAGCUUCCGGGACAGCCGACUGUACGGGAGUAUGCUUAACUGUGUGAACGACUUGCACCAGCCCAAUAUUCCAGUAACCGAACAUGCGGGACUGGUCGUAGGCGAAGAGAAAAUCCAACAGGAUUCAUUUCCCAAUCCGUUUGAUCCGUUCGAGAGGCGACUGUACAGGACUAUGUAUAGUCCUAGAAGACAUUCUGCAUUUGCCUCAGUCUCAGCUGGUUCCGAGCACAGCUCCCGUGCUGGCGACACCGGGUCCCGCCAGCCGCCACCACUGCCACCACCGCGGUUCCCGAACAGCGCCGUCUGACAAUGGGAUAGUCUCAACAUCGCCGCCUUCAGCCUGCUGCCGCUACCCGCCCCACUCCUCGCCAUCGAGGACCAGCUCGUCGAGAUCAUCUCGCAGCGCAGCAAAGCCUGUGCCACCUACAUCCGGCACAGCUUCAAGCGCCCACACCGACACUAGUGCAGUGCGCCGCCCCCCCGUACGAUCGCCCGCUCGCCAUCGUAUCGGCGCCGGUCAUUCUUCCAAGGUUUCCGACGGCCUUAAAACGACAUACACACGCUCAUCACUUACGAUAUUCACGUUCUGAAUGGACUAGAAAAGACGCCGACAGUGCCGUAAUCAACGCCACGUUUUUUUAUGUGUCGCUUAAAUGUUUUUUGAACAACGAACAGGACGCUCAGUGCGGGUCGCGGGCUUUCGACGAAGGGACACACCGGGUUGUCGGUUCAGUAUUUUUGAGAAAUGAUUCAGGUUUUAUAUCAAAAUGUAUCAAGUAAAACAAACGACCUCAAUAACGCUGAUAAAUCUAAUUCACAUUUGUAACAACAUUGAUAUUACCAAUUGUAAGCUUCAAACAAAUUCAACACACUAAAUUAUUUCUUCACUGAAAAACACUGAAAAGAAUAUACAAAUGUUUUGGCUUAACCACCAUUAAACUCCUGAUGACCCAGUUUGCUCCCCUCGUCCGAUGCCUGCCCAAAUCGUAAUCACAGUUCGUGGCAAACCACAAAAAAAAACUGGAAACGCGCAAAGGUGGCCCGGAACAGACAUUCAAAAAACUGAAAAAUUAAAUAAUGUUCACACAUUACUGCGAAAUGCUCACGUUAAUUAUUUGAAACGCGAUGAUGCUUAAAAAAUAUGGAAACGUUUCUGAUUUCUCGCAUGCACCUACAGAUAUCCCUGUCUGGCUAUACAUACCCUAGAACCGUAGAUCUAUUGUUAUGUGUUUUGUGUUUCUGUAGCUACCUGUAUGCUCCCAAGCAAAGAGUCUCGCUCACACUGGCGCCGCCGCAUCCCCAAAACUAUUUCAGUCAAUAGCUUCGAAGCUUAAUCAUAUAUAACGAGGAUUUGCGGCAAGCGGUGCGGGCGAAAUUCGUUGCUGCCUUUAUGUUUGGGUUUUCACGUGUUUUUUGAGAAAACAGCCAGCGGACACAAGUGCAUUCUAUAAAGUAAGCGUGUAAAUUAACUUGGUCUGAAAUCUGCAGUGUUUUUUCAUUUGUCUAAACAAAGAGAAACAGUGCAAAUUCCAAAGAGCGAUUCUGCUCCACGUUCCCGGAUCACUAUUGGCAAACCUAUACCGGUGAUACCCCUUUUGGUUAACAAAUCUAAAGGAGCCGACCUCCUUUAACCACUCAUUGCUGAAGGAAUUGAACCUCUGAUUUCAAACCUGGGAAUCUGGGGCAGACUCACAUGAUAAUCUAAAAAAAAAUCGACCCGGAACUUUGGCUGUACGUUCCGUCCGGAUGAGGUUUAUAUUCUAAAAUUCACACUGCCAUAGCGUCCCACGGGACGUACACGCCGGAGUUUCAGGAUUUAGAAUUUAACAUUUAUAUAUCGUGUUAAGCAGUUAAUUGAAAAUGUCUCACCGGUGUAAAUCUGCUCCAUAAAAGUCGUUUUUAGUCAAUAGGUUUUAUGAAGGACUACAAGCUCGGUGAGACGUUUUAAAUUUGUCGUGUUACAAGGUCCGGCAUCCGGUUUUUUACUGUAUCACAUAAAACACAAUUGCAGUGCAACACACAAUUGUCAAUUAUCACACAAAUAUGAAUGCUCGGUUACAGAUAAAAAACUAGCCGGUCCUGAUGUUUUAUUUUAAGGACUUUUUUGACUGGUUACAUCAGGUGCUCAAUUUUUCAUAGUGCGGCAUUUUGUUAUUAAUUUGUAUAGAGGAAAAUUUCACACUCGAGGCCCACAUAAUAAUGUCUGCAAAAAAAUACAAACACAAGCAAAAAUUUUGUUCGACAAAAGCAAUAAUGGAAACAAACAUUCAACCAACAACGAAUCGCAAUUGAUUAAUAAAUAAACGCAUGACCGAGUUGCAAAUGGUAUUGUGUGGGCCGCCGAUGCCCCAGAAACUGUGUAGUAAACUAAAGUAAGGAAAUUUUUUGAUAAUCGACAGUCCUGAAGCGUGCGACGUUAGAGGAAAAUGGAAGUUCCCUCCCCGAGACGGCGUUAGCGAACUGAGUAAUUAAAAUAUGAGAAAUAGUGUACAAUUUUUAAUAAUCAAAGGGAUUUAAAAAUGAAGGAAAGUGAGCGUAGUGAAUUUUAAUGAUACAACUUUGUAAUUUGCUUUGUAAUUUUUAGAUUUAAAAACAAAAAAAAUAUAUAUACCAUGUGGACAAGGAUUUGCAAAGUUAUGGUAACAAAACGGUGAUAAAAGGAGACGGCGAAAUCUGAGUUCAUACAUAUAUCUCUAGAUAAAUAUUGAGUUUGAUUAUUUAAUAUUUUUGGAUAAUUUUUUCAAACCUAUUAUGGCUGAUAUGUAUUAAAUAUAAAAUUAUUUAUAAAAAAUCAGUUUAUUCAUAUCUUUUCAAAGAUAAUUGCACUAACCAUGUAUGGUUAUUAUAAUAAUGACCGUAAUAAAUCAAAAAUUAAAUUAUUUGGUCACGUUUUUAUAAAUUAAAUGUUAGUAGUAAGUAUUUUUCAUAUUAAACUAUAACCAAUAGCUAACUAACAAUAAAAUAAAAACUGUAUACUCUCAGAUUUAAACAUCUCUCGUUAUUAUGAUUAAGUGAUGUAUAAAUGUUGUACAUAAAUUUUGAAAUACACUGCCAUAAAAGGUCAUAAAAAUGUUUUGCCAAUUCAGUUCGAAUUUCGAAACAAUCAUUAAACAAUAAAACCGCAUUUGCACCAUGUUACAUUUGUUGAUUGUUUACAUCCCCCUACUCCUAACUAUUAAAUGCGAGAACGAAAAACCAUUUAAAUUUAAAUAAAUUUUUACACUGCCCAAUGAUAAUAGGUAUAGAUUGUAUUAUAAUGAAUUUUUGUUACACGUGAACGAAACGAAUCUUCUUAUAAUCGCCUAUAUCAGCCAAUCCAGUGUAUUUUAAUGGCCCUGUACGUAAAACGGUGCAUGUUUUCAUUUGAGGCGCAUUACUUAUGUAAAAUACGUUUCCAUUGUGAUAAUCUGAGGUAACUUUGCAAAAUCUUAGCGAUCCUCGAUUUAUUCUAAAAUUAAUGGGUACAAUUUGUUUUUCUAGCAUUGUUAAAGAUUUUAGCUCAAAAUAAGUAAUUUGGGUGAUCUACUACUCAGGUGGGAAAAUACUCCAUCGAACAACUCGAAUCCUUCCAGUUGCGUUCGCAUGUUAUGGGAAAUGCUCUUGAUAUUACGGGUUACCGAUUUGCGUUUAAUUGUUACAGCGGGUAUGUUUGAUACGGUAUUUUCAACCUGCGUACCAUUAAUUCUAACACAUACUUUGUAAUUUUAUAUGUAAAUAGCACAUGUUGCUUAUUAUUUAAGAAUAAUUCAUUAUCACCGAAUUCACUAUUUUCUAGUUGGCACGGCACAACCACCUUGUGAUAAUUUUGAUUUUGAUUUUGAGACGCAGUGCAGGCUAAUGGCGCAAACUGAUUUGUUUUCUUUUUUCGGUAAAAAUCAACAGUAUUAGUCGGGAGGUGGCAGACUUAAAUGUUAGGGAUAAGAUUUGAAAUUUCACUUAUUGUAUUGAAGAGGGAAAUUACCAUAUUCGCACAGUGCCAUCUACUGACUCCUUAUAGCAAUAAUCCCACAGGUUGGAUGUGCAGUGCAAAAGAUUCAUCCCUUUUAUUUUUAUUUUGUAGUUGACGAUUUGUAAUAUAUUAUUACUGAAAAUUAUGUUUUCGCUAUAAUACUGAAUAUUGAAAACAUCUAGUUUUAGAUUCAACAUAGAUCUGCGUAGUUAGAUAUAUUCGUUGAACCAUAAUUAUGAGAAAUAAUCAGUAUAUCGAAAAAAAGUUGCAAGAAAAUUAAAUAAGUAGCCCCGUUUGACGGGUCUCCCUUAGUGCUGAACGAUCCGAUGUCAUUAACAUUUUUCGAAUUUAGUAUUAAAAGCAGAGCACCUUAAGAGUAUGUCCGAGGAUUUCUCAACCAAUUUCAUAACAUUCUAUAAAUCGCAUAAAUAAUAAUGAAAGAAAGAGAAAUUAACUGAAAUAAAUCAUAAAAUAAGAUUUCUUAAUAACAAAAGCUCAACAAUACACAAAAUAAAAUCUAAAAGUAAUCUUUAAAACAACUGGAAGUAAUUUUUAAAGUUUUAAUUAUUUGACUAAGUAAUAUUGUGGAAUAAAUAGUUUAGAUGAAAAUGAAGAUGGGAGAUUCUCGGAUGCACAAGAAAAAUAGUAUUUAAUGUUAAACUUGAACACGAUAUGCACAAAAAGUUGCUGCUUGCCCAAAAAUGUCCAAACAUUUAGUCAAUUAGAUAGUGGGCGUAAUUUGGCGCUAUUUUUUGUUGUUGGCCUAAACGAAUGGACGCGGCCACUAAGGGGACGUCGUUUCAACAAAUAAGGAGCAAAUUAUUAUUCUAAAUGUAAAUAUUGUUACAUAUAAAUAAAUAAUAAUCAUAUAAUAUUUAAAAAUUGAAUGCAGUGUUAACUAUGAUUACAAUUUUUUAUUAAUUUAUCGGGAAUAUGUGAAGCAUGGUUGCUAGACUUAGAUAUACACUUUUAAGUAAAAAAAUUGUAGAUAUUUUUAAAAAUGAUUAUUGAAAAAAUUUUAUUGAGAGUACGGAUUACGUUCCUCUCGUGAAAACGUUUUUGGUAUAUUUGUCGAAAUAGUUUUGUGUUGGUCCGAUAUUUUGGUAAACAUGGAACAACCUGUAUCCACGAUGUGUGCAUGUGAUCGUGUGAAUGGUCAUGAGGUGCCAGUGAGGUAAUUAGAUUUAGUAUUAUGUUAAUAUGAAUUAUGGAAAUUACGAAAUAUGUAAAGUUUCCUGAAUGCAAUAAAAUUCUAUCUCUAUAUGA